AAAUGUAUCUCCCUCUCGGUGGGCCGACUGUUGGCAGUCGACGCGCAGCACUCAACACGAACAAACGUAUCUGUCAGAUACGACGUGACGAGUAAUAUAUAUUCGUUCUAUUUUGUAAAGCUACAAAAUGCAUAGAGCACACACAGCCUUCAGUCUGGCAUUGUCGCCAAUGGCGCACAGGAACUUUGCCACAUGGCUGCUCAAGAGCGGCACCAGCCAAAAGCUGGCCAAGGCGACAGCAGCCGCCGCUGUGCGUACCUACAACUCGGCUGCUGCCGAGCCCUUUGCCAAUGGCAGCACGGCCACCUAUGUGGAGGAGAUGUACAACUCAUGGCUGCGUGACCCAGCCUCUGUGCAUACAUCCUGGGAUGCCUACUUCCGCAGCAACACGUACACCAGCCCACCCAAUCUGGCGCCCGUGCAGGCCAACACCUUGCCUUUGACGGCCUUCAAUCUGGGUGGCGGUGGCGUAGCCGGAGCUGCGCCCGACUCCAAGACCAUCGAUGACCAUCUGGCCGUGCAGGCCAUCAUCCGGAGUUAUCAGUCACGUGGUCAUUUGGCAUCUGAAGUGGAUCCGCUUGGAAUCUUAACGCGCGAAAAAACCGUUUGCAAGGAUGGUCUAGCACGUCGUGCUAACGAAGAUGUGCUACGGCAGCACUCUGGGUUUUUGUUUGGCGAACAGGACAUGGAGCGGCAGUUCAAGCUACCCAGCACCACCUUCAUUGGUGGCGAUGAGGCCUCGCUGCCACUCAAGGAAAUCCUGAACCGCCUGGAGAAUGUCUACUGCAACAAGAUCGGUGUGGAGUUCAUGUUCAUCAACUCGUUGGAGCAGUGCAACUGGAUCCGCAAGCACUUUGAGACGCCCGGCGUGCUCAACUUCUCGCCCGAGGAGAAGCGUCUGAUCCUGGCCCGUUUGACACGCGCCACUGGCUUCGAGGCCUUCCUGGCCAAGAAGUACUCGUCGGAGAAGCGUUUCGGCCUGGAGGGUUGCGAGAUCAUGAUCCCGGCCCUCAAGGAGAUCAUCGAUGUGUCCACAGAGCUCGGCGUGGAGUCCGUCAUCAUGGGCAUGCCCCAUCGCGGACGCCUCAACACCUUGGCCAACGUAUGCCGCAAGCCCCUGAACCAGAUCUUCACCCAGUUUGCUGGCCUGGAGGCUGCCGAUGAUGGCUCGGGCGAUGUCAAGUACCAUUUGGGCACCUACAUUGAGCGUCUGAAUCGUGUGACGAACAAGAACAUCCGCCUGGCCGUGGUGGCCAAUCCCUCCCAUCUGGAGGCUGUCGAUCCCGUGGUGCAGGGCAAGACCCGCGCCGAGCAGUUCUACCGCGGCGAUCAGGAGGGCAAGAAGGUCAUGUCCAUUCUGAUUCACGGCGACGCCGCCUUCUGCGGCCAGGGUGUCGUCUACGAGACGAUGCACUUGUCGGAUCUGCCCGACUACACCACCCACGGCACCAUUCACGUGGUGGCCAACAACCAGAUUGGCUUCACCACCGAUCCCCGCUUCUCGCGCUCCUCCCCCUACUGCACGGACGUGGCACGCGUGGUCAAUGCCCCCAUUUUCCACGUGAACGCCGACGAUCCCGAGGCGGUGAUGCAUGUGUGCAAGGUCGCCGCCGAGUGGCGUGCCACCUUCCACAAGGACUGUGUCAUCGAUCUGGUCGGCUACCGUCGCAACGGACACAACGAGAUCGACGAGCCGAUGUUCACGCAGCCCCUCAUGUACCAGAAGAUCAGGAAGCACAAAAACUGCCUGGAUCUGUACGCUGACAAGCUGAUCGCCGAGGGCACCGUCACCGGUGAGGAGGUCAAAUCGGUGGCCGCCAAGUACGAGAACAUUUGCGAGGAGGCCUUUGCCCUGGCCAAGACCGAGACCCAUGUCAAGUACAAGGAUUGGUUGGACUCGCCCUGGUCUGGCUUCUUCGAGGGCAAGGAUCCCCUGAAGGUGGCGCCCACUGGCGUCAAGGAGGAGACCCUGAUCCACAUUGGCAACCGCUUCUCCAUGCCACCGCCCAAUGCCGCUGAAUUCGUGAUCCACAAGGGUCUGAUGCGUGUGUUGGCCGCCCGCAAGAACAUGGUCGAUGAGAAGAUUGCCGAUUGGGCGCUGGGUGAGGCCAUGGCCUUCGGCUCGCUGCUGAAGGAGGGCAUCCAUGUGCGUCUGUCCGGACAGGAUGUGGAGCGCGGCACCUUCUCGCACCGUCACCACGUGCUGCACCACCAGCUGGUGGACAAGGCCACCUACAACUCGCUGCAGCACAUGUACCCCGACCAGGCGCCCUACUCCGUCUCGAACAGCUCGCUGUCGGAGUACGCGGUGCUGGGCUUCGAGCACGGCUACUCGAUGACCAAUCCCAAUGCUUUGGUGCUGUGGGAGGCACAGUUCGGAGAUUUCAGCAACACGGCCCAGUCGAUCAUCGAUCAGUUCAUCUCCAGCGGACAGUCGAAGUGGGUGCGCCAGUCGGGCCUGGUGAUGCUGCUGCCGCACGGCAUGGAGGGCAUGGGACCCGAGCACUCCUCGUGCCGCGUGGAGCGUUUCCUGCAGAUGAGCUCCGACGAUCCCGACUACUUCCCACCCGAGUCGGAUGAGUUCGCUGUCCGUCAGCUGCACGACAUCAACUGGAUUGUGGCCAACUGCACGACGCCCGCGAACCUCUACCACAUCUUGCGUCGCCAGAUCGCUCUGCCCUUCCGCAAGCCCCUGAUCCUGUGCACGCCCAAGUCGCUGCUGCGCCACCCGGAGGCCAAGAGCCCCUUCAGCGAAAUGAGCGAGGGCAGCGAGUUCCAGCGCAUCAUCCCCGACAACGGGCCGGCUGGCCAGAAUCCCGCCAGCGUGAAGAAGGUCGUCUUCUGCUCGGGUCGCGUCUACUACGAUCUGACCAAAACACGUGCCGAGAAGCAGCUGGAGAGCGACGUUGCCAUUCUGCGUGUGGAGCAGAUCUCGCCCUUCCCCUUCGAUCUGGUCAAGGAGCAGGCCAAUCUGUAUAAGAACGCCGAGCUGGUCUGGGCCCAGGAGGAGCACAAGAACCAGGGUAGCUGGACCUAUGUCCAGCCCCGUUUCCUCACCGCACUCAACCACAGUCGCGAUGUCAGCCAAAGCGAUGAUCCAAUGUCCUACUCCAAUACAACAACCAAUACUACCACUACUACUACUGAUCAUACUAAUAUUGAAUCCGCAUCCGAACCCGAAUCGAAACCCUGGCUAAGCCGCAUGUUCGCCUCGAAUAAGAGUGACGGUUCGACGGACGGUGGUCCAGCCACUGGCGACUUCAAUGCCGCCAAGCAUUUUGACCUCAAAAAUGUACGACACGAUUUCAAUAGGCCCGCGGGCAAUGCGGCCGCCCCGGGUGCGCGCAUCUCGAAAACCGGACGCAAAAUUAGCUAUACCGGACGCGCUGCAAGCGCCUCGACCGCCACUGGAUCCAAGGCCCAGCACAUUCGCGAGCUGAAUGCGCUGCUCAACGAUGCGAUUUCAACCUAAGAAGGUGGAUAGAUGGAUGGAUGGAGGAUGAAUACUAAUUACGAUUAUAUUUUGUAUGGAAACGUAUGCAGACUCUUUGAUACGAUGAUUUUUUGCUGACGAAUUGUUAAGUGCAUUGUGUGAAAGUAAUGAAAUGUUAAAAUUAGUUUAGUAAAAUUACAAGCGAAACAAAAAAAAGCAAAGCAAAACGGCAAACAAGCAACAACCGACUCACAGUAGUAGUUCUACGUACAUCUUUAAUGCAAAACUAAAGAGCCGAGUAAAUCUAGUGAAUAUAUAGCACCCAGCCGCAUACGCUACGCAUCCCCUGAUGUGAUGGUGGGUGGAUGGGUGGGUUAUGUCUAUAGACCGACCGCAAAGAUCACAAUAUUUUUCAGAAUGAAUAAAACCCUUGCUAAUCCUUAUUUCUUACUCCUAUGUUUAAUAUUUAUUUUAUUGUAUUAUAUAUAAUUAAACUAUCUCAGAAACCGAGCAACAUCGAUCGAGCGGUGCAAGAAAUCAUUUCACAUUUUUUUUCGUUAUUUUGUUUGCCUAAGUUACACACAAAUUUUGUUUAAAUAAAUAAACCAUUAUUAAUACCUUACCAACACAUACAAUGAUAAGCCAACAGAGCUGUGCUUUAAGGGUAACGUAAGGCUGGUAUCUAUCGCUGGCGCCAUCAGGGAUACAAUACACCGAGUCGAGAUUGUCGAACUGGAAAGUUCUUAACCAUUUGUAGCAUCUAGAAUUAAACAAACAAAACCAAGCAACCCUUCUUGAAGCGCAUCUGAAUGCAGCUGUUAUACAUUAUUUUUGCCUUGAUCGUGAAUUUGUUUUGAAUUUUAAUAAUAAUAAAAUAUAUAAUAUAUACGAUAUGCAUGUAGAUCGUGUCCGAUCAGGACCUGUUAUACAACAACAAUCUCUCUUUAUAUAAUAUUAACGACAAUGCACUUUUUCUCGCACCAAUAUAAAAUAUUGAAACGUAGAGUGAUAAAAAAGCUAAGGGAAUAAACUUUUCCAAGAAAAACCAAAAUAAGAAAAACUAUUUUACAAUACAAAAAGAGCGAGAAGCGGGGAGAGAGUAUGUGUGUGUCGAGAACUUUAUCUUACCCCAAAAAAAAAAAAAACCCUCUACGAUAUUUUAAUGUUUCUAACAAACGAUAUUUAGAUCACAACUUUGCACCAAGUACGAGUAUGUAAGUUAGUAGCUUGUUUAAAUCAAAUGCAAACAAAAAUAGCAACAGAUCUGCUAAGGAGAGACUUUCAUGGGAAUGUACUAUAAACGGAGGGAGAUUAACAAUACAAAUAUGUAUGAUUGAAAUAUACAAUUUACUAUUAAAAAAGCAUGAUACAUC